AUGUCACUGAAGGUACAGACCAGUAAUGUGACCAACAAGACAGACCCAAAGUCCAUCAAUUCACGGGUGUUUAUUGGCAACCUGAAUACAGCGGUGGUCAAGAAGUCUGAUGUUGAGAGCAUCUUUUCCAAGUAUGGCCGUGUGCUCGGCUGUUCUGUGCACAAGGGCUAUGCCUUUGUCCAGUACGCCAGUGAGAGGCAUGCCAGGGGAGCUGUGAUUGGUGAGAACGGCAGGGUGCUGGCAGGACAAACACUCGAUAUCAACAUGGCGGGAGAGCCAAAGCCCAGACCCAAAGGCCUGAAACGAUCAGCAGCUUCUCUCUACAGCGGCUAUGAGUUUGAUUAUGACUACUACAGAGAAGACUUCUAUGACAGGUUGUUUGAGUACCAUGGUAGAGUGUCUCCUGUUCCACGUGUGGUGCCAGUCAAACGCCCGAGAGUGGCUGUACCCCUCGUACGACGGGUCAAGUCUCUGCCUGUCAAACUGCUGGCGUGUAACGCCUCCAUCCUCCCAACCAGCAAUGGCAACAAACAAAGAUCAGUGAAAGGCACAGAGCUUCAGGCGAUAAAGUCAGAGUUGACUCAGAUUAAAGCCAACAUCGAGGCUUUGCUGGGCAGACUGGAGCAGAUCACAGAAGACCCACACAUAGCUGCCACAGAUUUGAUCAAUACAGAGGAGUGCAAGAGUGAGGAGGCAUGGCAGGGAGGGGAGGAAUCAAGUUCAGAGCUUGAAGAUGAGGAUGAGCAGAGACAGAACAGCGAAGCUGAAGAGGAGGAGGAAGAUGAAGAAGAGGAGGAGGGAGAGCACACACAGGAUGACACCCACAACCAUAUGGUAUUAGGAACUGUGGAAGGAGAGACAGAUGGAGAGAGAGAAAAGCGCUCUGGACAGACAGAACUAGAGAACAGAAAAGGAAGACCAUCAAACAGCAGGGAUCAUGAGACUCACAAGCUCACUCACUAA